GAAGUGUCACAUAGUUAUUGCUCUUGGCGACGUGAAUUUAGUUUUCUUUCUUAAUUUGCCUUAAAACUGCUUAGGGAGGGGCAAUUUCGUCAAACUAAAUUUCAAUUACUUAUCUCACCAAAUGUCCCAAAUCUAAAUAUCAUAGUCUAAAAAGUGUUCUUUCUCUGCUCCCACACACACUCUCACGCUCUCUCUCUCUCUCAACAUUUUUUGUUAUUCCAUUUUUGUCCCUACCAUACCCCCAAAUCUCAUUUCUGCAUCACCAUUUUCGAUCCAUUUCUCCUGUUCCGGCCGCCGGCGACUGUCUCCCUCCGGUUAGUUCUUCCUGCUCUUCGGUUAUGGUUUAAACAAGUAUUGCGGUGAGUACUACCAUUGCGUUUGAAUUAGGGUUUUGCCGUUAUCUAGAUUCGUCUGGCUAAGUAUCGCCCGGGUGUUGAAAUUAGGGUUUGUUGUAUUGGAUAUGGCGGCUUUACUUCUUGUUUGAAAAAGAUUUCAAAUUAGGUUUUGAAUAAAGUGAGUAGUUUUAUUUGUAUUUGAGUUUUGGGGAUACUCGUUACUGUUUGGGGCUCGAUAUUAGCGUCUUUUGAGUUUUUCUUCUUCCUUAGUGAUGCCGAGGAGUUCGAAGCAUAAGUCAAGUAAGCAUAGUUCGAAGGAGUUGAAGGAGUAUUCGGAUUCGGAGAAGGAUUUGAGCUUCAAGGAUCGGAAGGGGAAAGAAGAGAGUGGUGGAGUUAGGGUUUCGAAAGAUUUAAUAUCGAGUGAAAAACGGAAGCUUGAAUCGAAGGAUGGAAAGGACUUGUAUAGUGCUUCAGGAAACGGGGACUAUUCGGAUGAGUACAGUUCGUCAAAGAGGCGCAAGGAUAGGGCUGAUGAAAGAGCAACUGAUAGGUGGAAUGGUGGUGAUGAUGAUCACAGAGGCAGUGGUGAGGGCUCCAAGAAGUCGUCGAAAGCAUCAGGUGAUACGAAGAGUAAGAGAAAAGAUGAAAAUAUGGGAAUGUAUGAAGAGAUUGAGGAGUUGAAGAAGGGUAGUAGUGGUGGGAAGGGUGAGGGAAGGCAUAGGGAUAGAGAUUCUAGUCGGAAGGAGGGUAAGGAUGGUGGGACGGAGAGAGAUAGAGAGAAGGAGAAGGACAGGGAAAGAAAAACUAAAGAAGGACGUAGUGAGAAAUCUGUUGGUGGCGAUGAACAUCGUCCGGUAGUGAAGCAAGUAAUCGAAAAUACUGAUUUGGAUGCUCAGGGUGAUUUGGGAAGUCCUGAACCAGAUAACCUGCUUGAAAGAAGAAUGAGGAAAAAACGAGAUUCUUCUAUUGAUUAUGAGAAGCAUCAAGAUGAUAUAGGAGAGUUCAACAAUAGAAGAUUAUCUUCCAGGGAGGAUACUGGCAAGGAUGGAAAACAAAGAGAUGAGAAGCGCAAGGAUGAGAGAUACAAAGACAAGUAUCGAGAAGAAAUUAUUGAUAGAGACAGCAAGCAUCGUGAUGAUAGGCCAAAGGAUGAGCGUCCUGCAAAAGAUCAUCUUAGCAGCAGAUCUGAAGAUAAGCAUGUUAAGGAUGAAAAGGACAGUGCAGAAAUGCAAAAUAAGAAAUCUAAAGAGAAUGAUCGGGAUCGUGAUCGUCAUCGUGAAUUAACUGUUAGAGAUCGUGACCGACAUCGUGAGCAUGAUCGUGACCGUGGUCGCGAUCGUGAUUAUGAUCGUGAUCAUGAUUGGGAUUGGGACCGUGAUCGAGAUCGAGAUGGGGACCGUGACCGAGAACGCAACCGGGAUCGGGAUCGGGAACGAGAACGUGAGAGAGACCGUGAGCGUGAUCGAGACAGGGACUAUGAUCGAGAUCAUGACCAUGAUUUUGAUCGGGACUAUGUUAGCUCACAUCUUGAUGACCGAGCUUCUAGAUACAAAGAUAGCACCAGGGCAAAGAAAAGAUCUCCUGAUGACCGUGAUGAUAUCAGUGAUUUUCCAUCUAGAGGUAGUAAAGCUCGUUACUCUGAUCUGGAAAAGAAGGCUUUAAGUGGUGAUCGAUUAGAUUCAGAUGCUAAUAAGGGAAGAUCUCAUUCACGGCAAACUCUGGUAGACCCUGUGACAAGCAAUGAAAAGCGGAGGAAAUCCCCCAGCUCCAGUCCACGUGUUGGUGUUGAUGAGUAUAGGCAUCUAAAUUCUGAUGAUUUGAAGUACAGGGAGUCAUUGACAGACUACAGGUCCAAAGGAUUUCCUUCUAAAGAUGUAUCUGGUUUUUCUACUGGACUAGAAAAAGGCCCUAAAUACAGAUCCAUGGAGAAAUCCACUAAAUUGGAUGACACUCUGUUGGGAGAAGUGUCAAAUGAGAAGUCUUCUAGCUCUAAAGCUUCACCCUUGGGUUUGAUAGAAAGAUCUCCUUCAUCUUCAAGUAUUGACCGUAGGUACAUUAAUAGAUCGGGUGCUAGGCGGAGUCUUGACAUUGAAGAAACAGGGAGGAGAAACACUGCUUCUAUUGAUAAUAGAGAUUUUGGUGCUUCUGAUGAUAGACAUAGUCGGGACUUACCAUCAGAGAAGCCUUUGGCAGAUGAAUCGUCUCCUAAUGAUUCCAACUUUUACAAUAGGCCUAAUCAGGGCAACUCAUCUUUAAUUCCUUCACACUCUGCCUUCAGGGCUGGAGUUGACAGCCCUUUUAUGGGCUCACAUGAAGAUGAUGGCAGGAUGAAUUCUAAUGCUCGUUAUCGGAGGGGUGAUCUCAACAUGGGAAGAGGGCAUAAUAAUGCAUGGAGGGGUGUGACAAACUGGAAUUCACCACUACCAAAUGGCUUUAUGCCUUUUCAACCUGGGCCACCUCAUGCAGGUUUCCAAGGGAUGAUGACACAAUUUCCUGGUCCACUUUUUGGUGUUAGACCUUCAUUGGAAAUUAACCAUGCUGGGAUUCCAUAUCAUAUCCCUGAUGCUGACAGAUUUUCCAGUCCCAUGCGUCCACUUGGUUGGCAAAAUAUGAUGGAUGGUUCGGGGCCGUCUCAUUUGCAUGGGUGGGAUAACAAUGGUGUUUUCCGAGAUGAACCUCACUUAUAUGCGGCAGCUGAGUGGGACCAAAACAGGCAUCCAAUGAAUAGCCGGGCAAGGGAAUCCAGUGUGGACGUGUGGAAAGGACAAAACGGAGAUACAAAAAGAGACUUGCGUUCCCCAUCUCACAAAGAUGAGGCCACAGUGGAUGAUGGUUUGGCCGUUCAGAUUGGUCAGAUGUCUAAUCAGGAAGAUAAUCGUGGUGAUGGGAUUCUGGGAAAAUUUUCUGAAACAAGAUCUGGUGCAACCUCUUCUGCAGAAGAAUCUACUAAGGUUAUCCGUGAGAAGAAACUUGGUCCUUCUAAAUCUACGAAGGAUAAUGUUUAUUGUUUAAGCCGUUACUAUCUCUCCAAGCUUGAUAUUUCUGUAGAACUUGCACGUCCAGAAUUAUAUAGCCAGUGUAUGAGCUUACUAAAUAUUGAUCAAAGUACAAUGACUGAUGAAGAGACUACUGUCCGUAUAAUGUCAAAGGACCAUUUGAGAGCCGAAGUGAAAUCGUCUGCUAAUACAUUGCAGAGUUCUCAUUUUCCUUGCGUGAAGAAAUCUGUCUUUCAGAGGGCUAUGGAUCUUUACAAGAAGCAAAGAACGGAAGCAAUAGGUGUACCAUUUUUGUCCAAGAGAACAUUGAAUGUUGUAUCAGAAUCAGAAUCUCAGAAGCUAGAGGUCCAUACUGAUGUAGAAAUGGUGAAGGACUUGGUUCCAACUCUAGAUACAGAAAUGGCAGAUGCUUCGAAUUCGAAGAUGGAUGUGGAGAAUGCUGAACCUGUUAUGCCUGUUGUGUCUGAGGUGAAAUCGGAACCUGUUGUUUCACCUCCUACUUGCGAGAUGCAGAAUCACAAUCCUCUCAUUUCUCCAAAGUUGGAAGUGCCCACGGAAGAGGAUGGUCAAGAGAAUACAGAGGAGCCACAGGCCAUCUUCAAGGAAGUUAAGACAGAGGAGAUAUCUUCCUCUGAGCAGAAGGUGAUUCCUCCUGAGGAUUCAACUGCAGAAAUAGCAGCAGCAGCAGCAGAUGGAGCCUUGUCACCUGACAAUGCAUCACUGCCUGCCGCAUCAGUAUCGGUUGAGGGUGAACACAUAGAUGAAGAUAGCAGCAGGGCCAACAAUGGCCAAUCUGUUGAGAAUGAAGAGGAAGGUAUGACUUUGGGUGAUGGGAUGAGUGGUCCUGUGUCUGUUCCAGGCGAAACAUCCCCAAAGGAUUGUGAGGCUGUGAUGUCUGGGUCAAAUGAGUCUGAGUCGGUAAAUUUAAGUCGGAUACAUCAUUCUCCUGAAAGUACACAUUGAGACAAUUUCUUUAUCCAUCAUGUUCUUUUUUAAUUGCCCUCUUGGUAAGCUAGUUUUGCCAUUUCAUAUCUUGUUGCCUUCCCCUUUUCAGCAAAGGAAAUAAAACUAUAUCAUAUGUGCCUUUUUUUGAA